AUGGCGCUUACAAAAGAUGAAAUUGCUACCUGUGCCAAGCGCCUAGCAUCUUCCAAUGAUAGAAGACACUAUAAUGAUAUCGUGAAACUCGUGUCUCAAUAUCCUACCAUGUCGAACGUUGAAUUGGGCACUUUUGAAAAUGAGGAGCCCACUCUCAGGUAUUUGACACUGGCUCUUUUACCAGUUUUUCGAAAGCUUUUUACUAGAGGUCAGUUGAACCCUACUAAGGCGUCCUCUGCGAGUGAAAAACAGUUUUUUCUAUGGUGCCGUAAACUGUACAAUUCUUUCAAGUCAAAACUGCUACAUUGCAUAUCCACUAUACCAUUUGAGUCAUCUUUGGCCCUAGACUGUCUCGAUGCGUACAUGCAACUAAUUAACCAAGAGGCUAUUCAUUUGGCAUCUCAUGAGGACGCUCCUUUUUUCCCCAACAAGACCUUGAAAGCGCUCCUUGUGGCUUUAUUCAAAUGUGACUUUCCCAGCAGUGUUGACGCAGCCGAUGGCCAUUCCAAAAACCCUGUUGUGCUGGAAUUCGCUCAAAGCUACUAUCAAAAGUAUGUGGACAUUCAAUACUACUUUCAAGCGGAGCUAGCUGGCUUGACGCUGGAACCUGACUCUUUAAAGAACCAUGAUCACACUCAGCUUAUGGCCAAAUGGCUUUCCAUUAUGAAUCACGAUAAUCACUACACCAGCGGGGAUGCAGACUUGGAGAUUUUCGUACCCCAGCCACCGCAAGCGAUGGAAAACGAAAAUCAGUUCAGAACUAACCUGGAGAAGAACUGGCUAUUUUUCCUCAAUCUCGGGGGACUUUCUGCAACUCAAUACAAAACUACCCUUCUCAUCUUACACAAAAGAGUAAUACCUCAUUUCCACACACCAACCAAGCUCAUGGACUUUUUGACCGACUCUUACGAUCUAGGAGAUCAUGUACUUUCGUUACUAGCAUUGAAUGGGCUGUUCGAACUUAUGAAAAGGUACAAUCUGGAGUACCCUCGUUUCUACACGAAGCUGUACCAUUUGGUAACUCCCGGCCUCAUGCACGUAAAGCACAGAUCACGCUUUUUGAGAUUGACGGAUCUUUUCCUGUCGUCUACGCACAUUUCGGCGAAUUUAAUAGCUGCUUUCAUCAAGCGACUAGCGCGACUAACGUUGGAUGCACCCCCCGGUGCUAUAGUUUCUGUGCUACCAUUCAUUUACAAUCUAUUAAAAAAGCAUCCCACUUGUAUGAUAAUGCUGCAUGAUCCAGACUACAUUUCUAAUACUUUCGCGGAACCCGAUCAAGUUGCCUUAGUAAAAGAACGCAGAAGCCAGUAUCAGGAUCCUUACCAAAUGGAUGAACCUAACCCGGAGUUGACAAAUGCUAUAGGAAGUUCUCUUUGGGAACUCGAUUCUCUCACAAAUCAUUACCACCCAAACGUGGCGACACUGGCUAAGAUUUUCUCUCAGCCCUUCAGAAAGCAUAGUUACAACAUGGAGGAUUUCUUGGAUUGGUCUUACGACUCGCUGCUACAGGCUGAAGUGACUCGAAGAUUGAAAAUUUCACCGGCUCUUGAGUUCGAGGAACAAGGUGCACCUCUCGGCAAUUACAUAACGUGUGUAAACUGGUAA